GCGUUCAGUUCUGUUCGUUUGCUUCGCGUCGUUGCACGUCGCUUGUAUGUAACACGAACAUCACGUUUUCGGCGUCGUAUUUUUAAGUUAUUAAAAUAUUUUUAAUCCAUAUGACGGACAAUUUUGUUUUUAAACAUUUUUAUUAAUAUUUCGCGUGUGACCAAGCGCAUUUUUUUUUAUAAAUUUUAACAAAAAAUACAUAUUUAUCAUAUUUUUUCACUGCGCGUGCCGUGUGUUGCGAAGGGAUUAACUGCGUGCUACACCGGUCAAAGGAAUAACAUUAUUGUUAUCACGGAAUUGCAAAAGAAAACGGUGCCAUUUCGAUCAACAAGAAUUAUGUAAAAGCGGAUUCUUCAGACCUGGCCAACGACAAAAGGAGAAGCGCAUCAGAGCUACAAUGAAGUGUAGGAGUCGUCGGGUUCCGAAUCGGCUUGGAAAUAUGGCCGCGUUCGCCCUGCUGACGAUGCUCGUCAACGCUGCCGAAGUGAUAAGCGGACUAGCGUCUGCUGAAUCGAGCAACGUCGGUGAAGUAGACGAAGGGUCAUACCUACCAGGAGGCGAUACUCUAAUGCAACCGGUGACGGCAUCCAGCUUGGACGCACCGGUACAGCUGCCGAUAUUCCUCGAGGAACCGACUGACGCGUACGUGAUCAAAGGAAAACCGGCGACACUCACCUGUCGAGCCGCCCACGCUCUCACGGUUUACUUCCGCUGUAACGGCGAGAGGGUCGACGAUUCCAUGGGACCCUCCCAGAUGGAUUUCGUCGACCCCAUGACCGGUGUCCGGAACGUGGAGGCCACCAUCAACAUCACCAGAAACCACGUCGAAGAGUACUUUGGCCAGCACAACUACCAGUGUCAAUGCGUUGCGUGGACGUCACGCGGUGACAUAGUCAGUAGACCAGCCAACGUCAUCUAUGCAUACCUGAAAAAGCCAUUCACUUCCGUACCGUAUUCGGUGAGCGUGGAAACCGACAGGAACGUGGAACUCCGGUGUUUGCCGCCGGACGGUGUGCCUCCGCCGAGAGUGUAUUGGCUACGAAACGGCGUGCAAAUCGAACCUGACAACAACAUGAUAAUAUCCAGCGAAGGAAAUCUCUUGAUAGGUCAGGCCAGACUGCAAGACACUGCCAAUUACACAUGUGUGGCCGAAAACGUGGCGGCCAAGAGACUCAGCGAUCCUGCGUUGUUAACCGUCUACGUAAACGGUGGAUGGUCAUCGUGGACUCCGUGGUCGGAAUGCAGCUCCCGGUGCGGUAAAGGAACGCAGAAAAGGUCUCGUAUGUGCAACAAUCCGGUGCCGCUAAACGGCGGCAAACCUUGUGUCGGAUCGACCAUACACAAAGCCGAAUGCACGUCUAUAUGUCCCGACGGCGAAUACAGUGACAACGUAGCUGAAGAAGUAAUUGAUGGUCGCUGGUCUGCGUGGACUCCUUGGUCUCCGUGCGGCCCUGAUUGUCGUCAUCACCGAACAAGGACGUGUACAUCUCCUAGCCCCGCAAACGGCGGAAGAUAUUGUGUUGGUAGAGACACAAUGUCAGGAAACUGUUCAGGUGGAUCUUGCAUAGGUGGCAGAGAUGACCCUGUAAAUUAUGACGAUGAGCAACUCACGGAGGAAGCUGCAACCAGAUCGGUUGUGGAAACCGAUGUCGCACUGUACGUGGCUUUGAUAGCCGCUUCUGUAUUGUUAGCCGGCAUGGUCUUACUAUUUCGAUUGUAUAAAAACAAAGGACGAGACCAUAGCAUGUACAACAUGGCCAACUCAGAAUUUCAACCAGAAUUUUUUCCCGAUCAAGAAAAGAAAUCCUAUUCUUUGGAAUGUCAUUCUCGUAGCGGCGGCUGUAAUCAUUUUCAUCAGGCUCAACCCGAUCUAACCAGGACCGUGGUUGUUGUACCAUCAUGUUAUGAAUAUCCAUUCACCAACGACCAGAAUGCGUAUAGUCUCACCCGGUCCUGUUCAGAACACCACUAUGACGUACCACAUCAUAACGGUGGGUCGACUAUUACAACAGCCAUAGUCGCACCGCCCGUUCCUUCAGUGGCUCCCGAUAGCCCCAACGCACUCUCUUCUAGCCCUGAGUCAACUCAUAGUCUGACGAGUUACACUUGUUCAAGUAAAUCUCAAUCCGAUUCGAGUGGGGGGGCUUGUCAUUGUAAGGAUUACUUAUGGAUGAAAGAAACAACCGCGACUUCAGCUGGUUGCAGGCUGGAAGGCAAAGAGUACGGAAUUUCGAUGACUAUUCCUGAAGGUGCCGUUUCCAAAAAUCAGAAAGAAUCGGUAUUAUUUGCAUUACUGCAAGAUGAAUAUAAACCUUUGCUUAUGAAUGGUCAAACUCAAUUGAGUCCAGCAGUGAUAUGUGGUCCAAAUGGCAAGAACUUUAAAAAACCAAUAAUUAUUGGAAUGCAUCAUUGUGCCAGCCUUCAGCAAGGACCUUGGGUAGUUUCAGUUUUAGGAUGCGACACACCCAUUGGUAAUAAACCUAAAUGGAAGAAAAUUCUUACUCUUGGCGAGGAAACAAUAAACACGUCCGUGUUUGUACAAAUGGAUGCUACCCAAGUGUUCAUAAUGAGCGAAUCAUUAUCUAUGUUCGUUUUGGUAGGCGAACCGGACAUGUCUAUUGCUAACAACCCUCCAGCAAAAAUGCUAAAAUUAGCUUUGUUUGGAUCUUUAAACAGAAAGUUCAAAUAUGAUAUCAGGGUUCAUGUCGUCGAAGACAAUGGAGUUGCUCUUGAGAGAUUAAAACAACAAGAGCGAAGUACAAGUGGUGGGGUUUUGUUAGACAAACCAAAAGCAUUAUGCUUCCAAAGUGGUGGUGGUAAUUUAGUCAUUACCAUGGAUGAUAUAGGCACGAACUGGAAGAGUAAACCUCAAGAUAACUAUAAAGAAAUUUCUUAUUCGAAUUUAUGGAACUCGAACGCAAUAGUCUUAUUUACCUUAGAGCCUUUUGAACAACAUUACCCAGAUUCAUGGGUAAAUGUAUCGUGCAGAAUAUGUAUAUCGCAGACGUCGGCUACGGGUUCUCUGCGAAAUACCAAACACACGUUUAAAGUUAACCAAGACCCUAACAGCUUGUCUUCGAUUGGUCACCAGUCUAGACAACCACGAACAGUUACCAGCACAAGUGGAAGCGGAUCUAGCGUUACUUCCUGCGAAACCACAACUUUUAGAUUUAGUAAAACUUUACGUAAGCAACUCUGUCAAUGUUUAGAUCCACCAAAUGCUAGGAGCAACGAUUGGAGAAUGUUGGCCCAAAGACUUAACAUGGACCGCUACAUAAAUUAUUUCGCCGUUAAGCCCAGUCCAACGGAUCAAAUUUUGGAUCUCUGGGAAGCCAGACACAGAGAACCAACAUCCGUCACAGACCUUUUAAACGUGUUAAGGCUCAUGGGCCGCACAGAUGCGGCGGCACUAUUGGAACGCGAUCUUGGCCCAUGGCUAUAGUUAAUGAAAAUACGGUACCAUAAACUUCAACACGCCACAAGUUCCUACCAUAUAUAUUUUUGUAAUAGCUUUACAACGCGUUUGUUAUGAUGUCCGAGUUUCUUUUUAAACAUUUAACGAUAGGUAUUUCUUAGUUAUUGACAAUCAAAAUUAAUUUAUUCUAUACCUAAAAGGUUUCCAAAAAAAAUAUUUAGUAUUCAUUUUUUGUUUGGUUUUAAAUUUUAAUUUUACAACUCCCGGAUGAUAAAAGUAUAUAUUUAGUGAUAGAUAAUCUGUGAUAAAUCAUUUGGGAAACGCGAAAAUAAUAUAAUAUUUGUAACUUAAAAUUGUAAAAAAACCUAAAAUCUUUAGACAAUGAAAUAUAUUUUUUUUUACCUAAUUAUAUGUUGUUUUUUCUAUUUAUUUGUUUUCGAUAAUCGUAACCAACUGUUGUAAAUUAACCAGAUUGAUUUAUUAAAAACUGUAUAUUCAAUUAUUAUGUAUAAUAAUAUAAUAAAUGAAAAGAAAGACUAUUAUUAUUGUAUAAAAUAUUAUUAUUAUGUUAUAAUUAUUAUUUAAUUUGUAUAUAAGUAAACUGAUAUACUCUUAAGCCAUUGUAAAAUGUUAAUGACUGUCUCUAUGUAUUAUUUAUUUUAAUUUUUAAGUAUUUUUACAUAAAUAUAUUUUUUUUUUACAAGUUAUCACGCAUAAGAUAAAUAAUAAAUGCAUUUAACUUAUGUGUAACAUAACCUAAGAUAGUAUACUAUGGUUUAAUGUUUGUUUUAUUAAAAAUUAUAAAAGAAACACUGUAGAUUUAACAAACCAAGCCAAUAUUUUAGUUGAUUUUUUUUCUUUACUUAAUUAUGUACUAAUUCAAGUGUUUAAUAUACACAAUGUCACAUUUA